AUGGCAAUUCUGGGGCUGUUGGAAGGGACGGGCCUCGAUAGACCCGCUUUGGAUUACCACGAGGCGUUCGGGAUCCCCGAGGCCGACAGAAUCUGGCGUUGGGAACAGACCGCCGCCACCUCCAAGCUCAUUGGCGCCUCCCCCGCUCUUCCGGGAACGUUUCCCUACUUUGGCGGCUUGCUGAUCGGGCUCGAGUCGGGCGCCACGUCCGUGUGCGGCUGCACAGUGGUGUCGCCACGGCGCGCACUCACCGCCGCGCACUGCGCCCGGGGCGCCGCCCGCUUCACAGUCGUGCUCGGCUCGGAGCGCCUUUACACGGGCGGGCUGCGGCUGCACGUAACGCCGGAUCAAGUGGAGCAGCACUCGCUCUACGACCCCUUGUCGCUAAAUUACGACAUCGCCAUGGUCGCCUUUCCGGCCGUCGCGUUCGACGACAACAUUCGACCGAUCGCUCUGGCCUCGGGCGGCGACGACCAUGUCGGUGAAUGGGCGCUCGCCACCGGCUUCGGAAAAACGAGUGACGCACAAAGUGUGAUCUCCGGCUCCAGUUCGGUGCGCCAGGUGUCGCUUCGCGUGAUAAGUAACGCAGAGUGCUCUCGGGUUUUCAAGCCUCGUUACGUGGUCUCGAGUACGCUGUGCACGGGCGGCGGACGCGGCUCCACCUGCUCCGGCGACUCCGGCGGACCUCUGGCGCUAGGAACGCCCGGCAACGCCACCCUAAUCGGAGUUACGUCUUUCGUCUCGACGCGCGGCUGUGAACUGGGUCUUCCCGCCGGGUUCACUCGCGUCUCGGCCUUACGCUCCUGGAUCUUACGACGCCUGUGA